AUGGAUCUAGUAGCAGGGGUUCGGAAAGAAGGCAGCCGCGGUGGUCGCGGUGAAUUCAAAUGGGAAGAUGUCCGGGACUCACAACACAGAGAGAAUUACCUCGGUCACAGUCUCAUGGCUCCCGUCGGCCGCUGGCAAAAGAACAAAGACCUAAACUGGUACGCCAAAGGGGACACGUCCGCCGCCGCCCUCUCCGCCGCCGAAGCCCGCAAAGAGGAAAUACGACGGAUCAAGGAGGCCGAAGAAAGUGCUCUCAGUGAAGCGCUUGGCUAUGGGCCUACUAUACGAAGUAAUGCGAAUGAGACACCCAUUGGGCGGAAGGAGGUUGAGAAAGCGAUCAAGGAGACUGCGGAGGGUGAUGACGAGGAGGGUGCUAAGGGUGUGGGAUUUGGGGCCUUUCUUGGAGGGGCACCGGUGGAGGAAGAAAGAGAUGUGCUGCGUGGUGAAGGGCUGGAUAGACCUGCCAGCAAGGUCGUGAUAGAAAGAAGGAGAGACGGCGAUAGUAGGAAGGAGAAAAGGAGAAGAAGCAAAAGCCGAGACAGGAGUAGCGAGAGGAGACAUAGGAGGCAUACCUAUGGCGAGGAGAGGUCGCAUCGGAGGCACCGAUCGAGGGAUAGAUCACAUCGCCGACAGACGGAUAGGUCGAGAGAGAGGUAUUCGCAUGGAAGGGAGCGGUCGAGGAGCUACGAGAGGAGAAGAGAUAAGGAUCGGCAACCACGCCGGCCACGGGAGCGGAGUUACUCCCCAGACCCACCUAGACGGAGGCGGGAUUCGCGAGAUAGAGAUUACGACUACAGAAGAUGA